CGCCCCGAGCCCUCGACGCUCGCCAGCGCUCUGCUCGCCGCACAACAGGGAACGCGUUGAGCAGACAUGGACAUUCUCAAGGUGCUGCCGCCCAACUUCGGAUAUGUCAUAUUCACGUACCUCUACAGCUGGGUGAUGCUGGGGUACCUGGCGGUCAAGGUCGGGGCCGCCAGGAAGAAGUACGACGUCAAGUAUCCCACCAUGUACAGUGACAAGGAGCAAACGUUCAACUGUAUCCAGAGGGCUCAUCAGAACACACUGGAGGUGUACACUCAGUGGCUUGUUUUCCAGACUAUCGCAGCUCUUGUCUAUCCGUUAUCGGCAUCUGUGCUGGGGGCUAUUUGGGUGACCAGCAGGCUUUCCUAUGCCUGGGGUUACUACACCGGAGAUCCAUCCAAGAGGAUGAAGGGUGCCUAUGGCUACAUUGGAUACUUUGGAGUCAUCUUUCUGUCCAUAUCUGUAGCCUUGCAAUUGCUUGGUGUCUUUUAAGAUGGUUGUCUUUUAUCUUACUGAUUUGUUUGCUCAUUUAUAUGACUUGCAUGCUAUUUUCAAAUGUAUCAUCAAUAAAGUGGAAUCACAGUCCUCUUAUGCUUUUUUCCCCCAACUUUUGAUGUGAAAUACCUUUAUACCACUAACUUGAUACUUGAUAUCUUUUCCUUCCAAUAUUUGUUAUUAAAUUUUUUUUCCAUGUAAUCACUGAAAAUAAAAAUAGAUGCUGUCUGAUA